UGUCGCCGCUGGUCGCCGCUUGCGCGUGGAACUGUGGAAGUCGGAACUCGGGCGUUCUCUCUCGCGAAAACGUGCGUGCGUGCGUACGUGCAUGCGUGCGUACGUGCGUGCGGUGCGCGUGUAUGCAUAUGUGUGUGUGAAUGUGUAUGUGCGUGUGUCGAUGAUAGUGGACUCGCGCUGGAACAUGUGACGGAGCGUGGCCGCGUGUGUGCGCGAUCGCGAUUCCGGUGAAUCGUAUACACACCGCCGCGCCGCCGGUAUUACGGGAGGCGAGCAAACGGAACGGAACGGAGACGAAGACGCUCCGUGCGGCGGCAACGGCAGACACGGAGGGACGGACGGACGGAGUAACGAACGAACGAACGAAUAGGAGAGGGCGGACGCUCGGCCGGGUCGGCCGAGUGCACGCGUGCACAUCGACGUUGUACGUGGUUAUGCACUACGCGCCGUGCGCGCCAUAUCGCCACGGACGAGCGAGUCAGCGGUGAGUCUAGCGAGCGCGUUGCGCGUCUCGCCGUGUAAAUCGCGUGUUGCAUCGCGGAGUGUGCGGACCGGACCUCCGCGGUGACGUGUGAAGUAGGGAGCGGGAGGAGAGAGAGGAGGAAGAAGAAAAAAAAAGGACGGCCGUCGUCACCGGCAACGGCGACGCGUCUCGCAUCUCGUCGUACGCGGUCGGCCCGCGUACCACCGGUGGUCGCGAGGGGGAGAGACGCGCGCGCGGAUAAGAAGAAGAGGAAGACGAGGUGGCGGAGAGGAGGAGGAGGAGGAGGAGGACGAGAGGAUCGGCUCGUCUCGCAUGUCGGCUGAACCGCCACGCGAAUUCGGAUCAGCCCCGAUCGACAUUGUAGAGUGACCACGGUCGAAAGAAUGGAGGCCAUGGAUGUCGACGGAGAUUCAGUGGUGGAUCUGAGCAUCAGCAGCAGCGGCAGACGCAAUUCCCCAUCCCUUUCUGUGAAUUCUGGCGACAUCCCGUUGGAUCUGGGCAUUCACUUUUCCACCGGUUCCAAUUUAGAAAACAACAUGCCAGAGGCACGUAAUAUACAGAAUGCUGCCCGCGGUAUCCUAGCUCCUAAACGGUCACAUGGGGACGAACGUAAGCCACGUCGUAAUCUUAGACCUAGGAUCGAAAGGAGCUACGCCGAGAGUCCUGAUGAGCCUAGAAUGAAUGGAUAUCUAAAUGGAAAUGCAUCGGAUAGCGAUGAAGGUGAUAUGCCUCCAUUGCUGCCAAUCAAGGAACUAUCGUCCGAUGAGCUAGCCGAACGCGAAAGAAUGCUCAGAAAGUAUAAGGAGGAGCUUAAGUCGGAGGAAAUGAAAUUAGUACUUUUGAAGAAACUGCGUCAGUCUCAGCAACUUAAAGAGAACAUUGCGGCCGCACCCAAGGUUCUCAGCAAAUUACCACCGCCAGUAACGGCGCAGCAGGUGCCUCAUAGAGCUGGGAAAGCGCCUCCGCCUUUACUUAAGGGUCAGCCUGCACCGAGCAGAAGUAGUAGUUUACAUGCUCCACCACCUGGCAUGGUAUUACCUCCUACCGCUGGUAGAAAUGCUAUUCCAAGUACAGGCGGGAUGCCUCCGAAUAUGGUGAUACCACAGCCACCUCAUCCUAGAGGAAGACCACCCAGUGUAGCGGCGGCAACUGUCUCGAGUUAUCAUGCGCCAACAGACAGAACGGAGAGGUCUACGAAGGAUCCGACACCGGCUCCUGCGCAUCAAGUAAGUAAGCUGCUUGCUGGAGCGCAAGAAAAUAAAACCACCGCAUCUUUAAGCACACCUGUGAAUUCAGAACAGGAAAGAACAUCUCGAGAGGAGACACCCGCUCAACGUCAAGCAGCUGCCAAAAUGGCCCUAAGAAAGCAGCUCGAAAAAACGUUAUUGCAAAUACCACCGCCGAAACCGCCGCCUCCGGAGAUGCACUUCGUACCGAAUCCCUCCAAUACGGAAUUCAUAUAUCUGGUUGGUUUGGAACACGUGGUUGAUUUUAUAACAAAGGAACCGGCGAUACCACCACCUCCUGAACCAUUCGAGUGCUCGCAAUGCAAAACAGAUUUCACGCCCGUGUGGAAAUGGGAAAAACCUAUGCCUGGUGGUAAAAAGGACAGUCCUAGAGGGCAACAUGCGACUUUCCAACGACCAUCAGCGGGUCGCGAUCCUAGAGUCAUAUGUGAGCACUGUGUAACGACUAACGUAAAGAAAGCGUUGAAAGCAGAGCACACUAAUCGAUUAAAAACUGCUUUCGUGAAAGCGCUACAGCAAGAGCAGGAGAUAGAGCAAAGGCUAGCGCAAGCAGCAUGUCCGAGUCCAGAUCCUCCUGCUCCGAAACCAGUUCCUAAGGCAGCUACUCCUACAAGAAGAGUGGCUACACCGCCUGCGCCUCCGCCGCAAGUACCGCCGGCACCUACGUUGACGCCGACGCCUCCCGCGCCGAAGCUGCAAGAGCAUCCCUUGGUGAAACUGGCCGAGAGCGGGAAGUUCAGUCCGCAUCAUGCAGCUGCUGCGGCAGCCUUGCAGCAACAAUUGCUCAGAGAAUUAGCGAAGAAUCCAGUACCGGGUCUACCACCGCAUCAACCUCUGCCUGCUCACAUGAUGCCGCAUUUUACCUCGAUACUGUAUCCUUACCAAUUAGCAAUGGCUGCCGGUGGCAAAGGCCUCGUAGAGUUACAACGACAGGCGGCGGAUCUUCAACGUCAAUAUCUGCUCGACAUGAUUCCGUCGCAGGCAUCUCAAGCGCAAGGCAAUCAAGCACCACCGAGAGCCCAUCCACAUAACUGGAAAACGUAACCGGACGCAUUUAAAGGAUGAUGUAGCAGUAAGUGCGAAUAAACUUGCAAGUGAACUUGUGUAACGGGGAAGCUAAGGGGAAUCUAGUAAAGUGUGCAGUCGUAAUUCUGUGCGCCUGAAAGUUACACUAUGCCAAUCGCAACAUUAGUGUCUCAGUUAAGGUGAAGCUCAACUUGAAGUACGUCAGAAGAAUGACAUUCGUUAGUAUUGUAUAAAGAAUAAUUAAUCGUUGUGAAUAUGUCAAUUGACGUGUACGUUUAUGACUUUAUUGUUAUCUAAGGGGUAAAGGUUUUAUUUCCGUCACCGAAACACGCACUCAACGUACAUAUGAGUUGGGAUACAGAAUCGCGUCGCGUGAUUCAUUGUUUAGUGGAGACCAAACGGAUUCUCCCAAAUUGGAAAUGCCGCUCAUUUCCUUUUUCCUGAUCUUUCCUCGUAUAUAUCCGUUAUUACUUCGUUAACGUGUUGUUAACGUUGUCCACUGAACAACUGAUAUAUAAACAUAAUAAUUAAUUUAAGCGUAUCAACAAGCAUAUUAUAACAUUGAAUGCAAUUGCUUGAAUUAUGAACAGAGUUGCUCAACUAGACGCGAGUGAGCGAUCACUUUGUUCUUACUGUAUUUUUUUUUUUUCUAUCAUAUUCUUCUGUAUUAUUUUCCAUAUCGUAUUCUUUUCUUUUUUUGUUAUGUUAUUAAAUUAUUAUUAGCAAAUAAUAUUAUUUAUUUAUGCAUUUUAUGCAUUUGUACAAGAUUCUACUGAAUUUCUUCUUUGUUUUUUCUUGGUCUAUUAUUUGCAGGGAAUAUCUAACAUGAAACAAAUUAAAAAUGCUUGCUCGCUCGUGUGAUAUCAUAAGUUAAACAACUCUGUUAUACAACAUAAAUAUAAAGAACCAAAUAGACAUUUACAAGGCACUAAAUAAAUCAAUAAUAAGUGUUGUAAAAUGACUGCAAAUCGGAUUAUUAACAAUAAUAGUGAUAAUUGAGAGGGAAGGCACGAGAGUGUAAGACGAGGUAACGAAGUUGAUGGAAAGGAUCUUUUUAGGCCCUUAGAUAGUUAAGACGAUUUUUGCCGUUGAUUCCAACAAGUGUUGCGAUUAUCGGCAGUACCUGUACUAUGUGUAUAUCUCAUUAUUUUCUCCGAACUGUAUUUUUAAGACGAGUUUAACGCAAAGUAGGGCUAUAGCUACAUACGAGGAAAAAGAAGAAAAUGACCUUUGUAAGAAAGCGCGUAUGAGUGAUGAUAAGCCAGCACAUGUGAGAUGUAUAGCAAUCUUUCUCUCUCGACAUACGGCGGAGUAUGCAUCGGUGAGUUUUUCCAGUGGAGAGCGACACGAGUGAUUAUUCGCGCACAAAUAUGAUUUUCUUGUGCGACGUUAAGUCGCACGUUAAGUCGGACUCGUGUCACGCGCGGAAUUAUACACACUCGGACGAUGCAUACACGAUUUAAACUUGGACAAUUCUUGUACGUUAAAAUCAAGACUCAGACGAAUCUGUAAUGGUAAUUCGGGAUUCGAGUUAACGCAGCGCGAUUGAUUUCAUGUCACAUUUGAUGUAAAAGUAUUUAAAGAAACUUAACUAGAGGAGAUACGAGAUUUUUGCGAAUUGUUACAACACGGCGACCGCCGGAUUUUUACGACGUCCUCUACGAAUCUGCACUUGAACGAGUUAAAAAAAAAAGUAUCCGGCACUUGUCCCCACUAAUACCAGUCCUUCACCUCCCUUCCUCCUCCACUAAUAGUCUGAUUUAAUUAAUUCUGGGCUAACCGAUCUUGGUCUCAUACAUUUCCGAAUCAAUUAAAUAUAUAGUACUAUAGUCUUGAUAUUUCUCGGUAUAUGAUACAACUUAAUAAACUAAAAUAGCGCAUAAUCAUCUCUCUUUGUACUACGUGAUAGAUUUUGAACUCGUACUUGAUAUACAUGUACACCAUAAUAAGUCUACGAUCGCAUAAUAGAUCAAGAUCUGUGUUUUUUGUGUAAGAGAAAACGUAAUAAUAUGUCGUCAACUAAUUACCGUCAUCGGGGCACUACCGUCGUCGUCGUCGUUGUCGUCGUCGUCGUCGUUGUCGUUAUCCUAAGAUGAGAUCCGGGAGCGAAAUAGAAUGACAACAUGAAGGAGGAGAGAUUCUUAAAAAGCUUGAACGUACUUCCCCGAGAAAAUCGAGCAAUAUUUUCUAUAAUUUUGAUAAUUAAAAGCUCUAUUUCCAAGUUGUUUUACGUUAAAAAAAGAUUUAUUCUUUAAUUAAAUAAUAAUUACAAUAAAAAUUUAUUCUAUAUUCACUAAAAUUAUAAUGAUAUAUAACUUUAUAAUUAUUAAUUAUAUAAAUUAAUGAUUGUAAUAUCUUCCAGUGUUUAUUCAUUGGCAGGUUGUCUAAUUGAUUCAAUUAUUAAUUGAUUUUGUUAAUUUAAGAAAUUGAAUGAAAUUUUCAAUGCGGUUUUUACUUAAAACUACUUAGAAAUAAGCUUAUCAGUUUUGUAAUCGCUUGCGAUAUCUUACAUAACAAACAAAAGAAUCAAUGUAGGAAUUUAAAUUCUUAAUUUAUUUUCCGAUGUAAACGAAUGAUAUGAGACUACUUUAUUUUUCUUUAUAAAAUUAACGGCACAAGGAUGUGCUUGAUAUAACUGACUCUUGGAAUUUAUGCCGAUAAACAAAUUAUCGCCUUUGUCAUCAGCAUCGUGAUUAUCAUUAUCAUCUAUCAUCAUCAUCAUCAUCAUUAUCAUUAUCAUUGUCAUUGUCUGCAAAUAUAUUAAUAUCAUUCGGUAGUAAGAUCGCGUCUCGUUUCUCAUAAACAAAAAGAAUACGUUUCUUUCUAUUUUUCUUUUCUAGUCUCUCUUUAAUCUCUGUGUGGUGCUGUUAGCAAUUAAACACUUUCAAAAUGCGAAAGAAUUUUAUAUCCUAAAAAAGAAAAAGAAACUCUCUUUUCGCUACACGACAGAAACGAAGGAUGGCGAAUAUUUAGCAGAACUAGAAUUCUAAGGCGUUCGUAAAAUGCAAGAAAAGAAAGAAAAGAUACGGGUCGACUUUGUCCGCUCGUUUUGCGGGGACACAAACAUUUCAUGAAUAUUAAGCUGUUAAAGACUGCGUAACGUGCGCACAUUUUUUAUUUUGUCAAGGAAAAAAAAUUGCGAAAUUCAUACACCGAUCUUGGAACGUCUGUCCGAAUGAAAAACGUUGUCCCCACGAUUUAUAGAAUUAGUGGAUAAAUAAAGAUUACCGAAUACUCUGGAAACUAUACGAAUAAAGCUUACCAAUGAUUGUA